AUCAUUGCUGCUCGAUACCUACCGCCGCAUAUAUUGUUUACGAGCGCAUACCCCGCGCAUCACCCUCAUUGCUUGUGUCAGAGUCUCGAUCGAUUGACUCGACAAGUGACGAGCCUCGCAGUCUCCGGUCGACUGCACGCCGUCCGUUCUCCCUAGCGCUUUCUCUUCCUCUCAUCAUCCGCCAUGUCAUUCUUCGGCUUCGAUACCAACCUCCCGCGCGACAAGCAAGACAGAGACGCUGGUCGCGGCUUCUUUGCUGGUCAGCAGGAUGCCUUUGCCUUUGCCAAUCGCGACAAUUCUGCCGAGCAGGGCGAUGUCCUCAACUUUGACGACUCCUACGAUGCCUUGGCCGAUAAACUUGAUGAGGCUGGCGAUGCCUUCAACGACGACACUUUCGGUGAUGGUGGCCGUGUAGGCAAGGACUUUGACUUCUUCGGCACCACCAACCAGGUUGCCGGCACCCUCGAGGAGGAACAAGCUCUGCACUUUGCUCGCCAGCCCGCCCCGAACCAGCAGCGCUUCCAACAGCAACAGCAGCAGCAGCCCAAGCCCUCGCGCUCUGGCUACGAAAACUACUCCAAGCCCGAGUACAUCCCUCAGCUCGAAGCCAACGCCAGCAUCUGGGGUCUGCCUUCCAAGAAGCCUGGCCAGCAGCAGCAGCAGCAGCAGCAAGAAGCUCAGUUCAAGCCUUCGACUCCCUCUAGCAGAAAGAUGAUGAGCCUCGAGGAGGUCGAGGCUUCAAUGCGCGCCCAGUCGAGACCCCUCUCUGGCGCCAUGAACAUACCUCAGCACCACACUCCCAUCCAGGAACAGCCAUUCCCUGCUCCUGGAAGCUUCCCUGGUGUUCAGCAGAUGCAGCAACACACUCCGCGACAGCCUUCGAGAGAGCCUCAGAUGUCCUCUCCCUUCCCUCAGGCUUCUCACAUGCCUGUCCAGCCUCCUCCGGGCAUGCAGAACCCUGGUCUGAUCGCUCAGCAACUUCAACAGCAGAUGCCUCCCACUGGCCCUCCCUCCGGUCCCCCACCCGGCGAGUCAGGCCAUGGCCACCGCGGCUCAUACUCAGGUCCUCCCAUCACUCAAGCCAACCAGAUGAUGCAAUUGUCCGACGAACAGCGCGCUCAUUUCCUGGCUGAAGAGGCCAAACGUGCCAAGCGCAACCACAAGAUCUUCUUGCUGUCCAAGGACAACGGUCUCAUGACUCCUCAAGACAAAAACUUCAUCACUCGCAUCCAACUGCAACAGCUCCUGACCGCCACUGGCGGAGUUGACGAGCAGUCUUCGGAUGCCCAGCUCGCCGAGGAUUUCUACUACCAGGUUUACGCUCAGAUCCGCGGUGCUCCAAGACAGCACCCUGGUCAGCCCCUGAACCAGUUCGCUCAGACAUACCUCUUCCAGACUGGUGGUCGCUACGGCGCAGGCCGCAGACAUCCUCGUGGUGGUGACAACCAUAUGCAGAGAAUGGAGCAGCAGGUCCAGCGUGCCGUCGAGGCUGCCAAAGCUAGACCGAAGAACAGACAGUUGAUCGUUGAAGGUAGUCUGGGUAAAAUUGCUUUCAGCAACUCCAAGACCCCCCGACCUCUGUUGAGCUUCAAGCGGGCCGAUAGCGAGAGCAGACCCCACAAUCAAAGGGUCCUCAAGCCUAGCGUUGCAGACCGCAAGUCCACCCUUCGCAACAUCGAGAAUGUCUACGAGACCCUGAUGCAGAUGGAGGACCACGAGCGUCACCUGCCCCCGCCACCGAACGAGGAGAGCCACCCCGAUGCUAUCCAGCGCCACAUCGAGUGGAGACAGAGAGCUCACGAGCUUAACCAGAAGCUUUGGUUCAACCUGCGAGUCAUGGAGCCUAUCCAGCAAAAUCCUUCGAGUCCUCAUCCAUUCAUCGCUAUUCUGUCUCACGCCAAGGGAAAGAAGGCUAUUCCCCGCGUGUUCCGUCACAUCGACGACCAACAGCGUUUGACCAUCUUGACUAUUCUCAUCAUCCAUCUCGACAUUCUCGACGUCAUCCGCUUGGCAUACCCUCACCCUGACGAGCCUCAACUACCUCGCGCUGUUCGCGAUGAGGUCGAGCUCUUCAGCCAGGCCGUCAUCCCUACCCUGCUCGCCUACAUUGGCGAUGCUCCUCUCAACAUCAUAUCCGGCCUGGUUGGCCUCGUCCUCGACCGUGUGAACGUACAAGCCAUCGUCCGCACCAAGGUCGGUGUCGCCAUGCUCACCAUGCUCGUAUCUCGCGCCUUCCUUGUCAAGCAACAAGCAAACGCACAAGUAUCGGACGAAGACUGGGCACAAUGGACCCAGCUCUAUAACCGCCUCUUCGACCUUGCCGAGCCAGUUCUUCCCUACAUUUUUACCACCGAGAACGUCAACACCAGCAACGACUUUGAGAUUUGGCAGUUCCUGGCUACUAUGGGUGUCAGUGCCAACCCUGAGCAGCAACAACGUCUUGUUCUGGGAGUCAAAGACAGAGUCAUGGCUACUGUUGAGAUCAGCAAGCAAUUGCCUCAAGACAUGGCUGCGAGAAAGUUGGGUGAGGUCAACCUUUUCAUGAGAGCCAUCGGCUUGGACGUCGAGUUGCUGGGUUAAACCCAAUACAUCUGCUCAAGAUGAGACAAGAGAACGCGAGAGAACAAAAUCUGUACUGGGGAAUACGGUUUCAUCACUCUUCCGCAUUUCCUUCUGUCCUUGUCCGAUGAGCAUUUCAUCCACGAAGACAGAUACGAAUUGGGUCCAAUGGGGCAUUUUUGCAUGAUUGAAACAGAGAAGCCAUUUAAUGAGAAUAGCUGAAGCGUCAUUACUGCGAAGCGUUGUUUCUGCACCACAGCAAGUCAAGCCAAAAGAAAACACAAAUAUCAA